UGUUAGAAUAGUCGGUUUACAGGAAGUUACACGACAGCGUGAUGACGAUCUUAGUGCAAUAUUGACAUCUUUCUAAAACCACGAAAAGGACGCCUCUUUCAGCCACACGUACAUGAUGGCUUCCAAAAGAGUGAAUACUACUGCCACAGGGCGGCUCAAGCAGGACUACUUGAGAAUCAUGAAAGAUCCGGUUCCUUAUGUUCAAGCCAUUCCUUUACCGAGUAAUAUUUUAGAAUGGCAUUAUAUAGUGACUGGUCCAGAACAGUCACCAUAUGAAGGUGGCAUCUAUCAUGGAAAGCUGAUCUUCCCUCGAGAGUUUCCCUUUAAGCCACCCAGUAUAUAUAUGAUCACCCCCAAUGGCAGGUUUAAGUGUAACACAAGGUUAUGUUUGUCCAUAAGUGAUUUCCACCCAGACACCUGGAAUCCAGCAUGGUCCGUGUCAACUAUCCUUACUGGCCUUCUCAGCUUUAUGUUGGAGAAGAGUCCAACUCUGGGAAGUAUAGAAACUUCAGAUGCUACGAAGAGACAGCUAGCUGCAGCUAGUGGCCAAUUUAAUCUCAAUGACAAAAUCUUCACCGAACUGUUUCCUACUGUUUCUGUGUCAAUACAAGAGGAACAGAGGAAACGAGAGGAAGAGCUUAAGGAAUCAACAAAAACUGGACAAGUAAACAACAGAUCUAGAACCUCAGCUGGGAACAACAUUGACCCCAACCAAGACAACCAGGGGAUCGUGGGGAGUACAGUGGCCAACCUGUUUGUGAUAAUCGGACUUGCAGCAUUUGCUUACACUGUGAAAUAUGUGCUGCGUAGUGUGGUUGAAUGAUAUUAACUUAUGAACUUUGAAAUAUGUACUUGACAGUAUCAUGGUGAUAUGAUAUUGACAGUAACAGCUGGACUAUAAUUAUUAUGCAUAUUUCCUUCAGGAUUUGGUUGUUUGUACCCUGAUAGUGGAUAGAAUGAAGAAUUUACGCUACGUUUACAUCUAUGGAUGACAAUGACUGAUCUAAACGUAGAAGUUAUGAGAAAUUAUGCUAUGUUUACAUCUUUGGUAUAUAUAUAUAUAUACCGGUAUAGAUAUUGACGAUGGCUGAUAUUCUGAAAGUAAGUUACAUCGUUAAUACACACAAGCCUUCACUUAACUACUAAACUGUAACAGUAACUAUAUUUUUAAAAAGUUUCUUAUCUGGGACCGAGUGGUUUAUAAAUUGUGUUUGUAUCAAUGCUGAUCAAGUCUAAACAAUUUUGCUGAAUGAGUUACGUUAAAUGUUUAACAACACCUGUCAAUAUAAAAUGUUCUUUGUGUUGACACUUCAUAUUAUUGCAGAUUAACGAAAUUACAGCAUCUUAGAAGGAUGCAGUGUUCAAAUUCAAAGUAGACUUCUAGAAAGAGCCUUGAUAUAGGCUUUUAAAAGAUAAGUUGCUCUACAUUUACCUAAAAAUAAGAAAACUCCAUUGUGGGUUUUAAUGAUGUGUCAGCAGAUAUUACCUUUUUGUCAAUAUUGAUUUCGUUGUAUAUCAUAGGAAAAAUGAACAUGAAGGCAUUUCAAGCAUGUUGGGAUCAAUGCAUGAACAUGCAGAUGAUGUAGACGAUCACAAAUGAGCUUUGUUUUAUUUUUGUAUAAUUUAAUUCCACUGGUAACUACAGUUUGACAGCACAGAAAGUGACUGACAAACACUUCUUAUAGACCUACAGUUCAUGAUGACAAAAACAUCUUAUAGACCUACAGUCCAUGAUCUCUUUUCAUUGAUAAUUUCCUAAUUGAGGAAAAUCAAGCACGAUUGCAGCUUUUUGGAUAAAAUAAAAUGUUUUAAAAAAUCAAAAGAAUUCCAGAAAGGGAGAUCACUCACCAUGUCCAUAUUAAGUCUGCAAUACAAUAUCUGUAUGAUCAGGUUAAAAAAUGUGUGAUUAUUUCUAAUAUUGAGAAUUAUAUCAAAACAACUUCUAUUUCUGUGUGAUAGAUUUCUUAUCACUUAAUUACAUUAGACAGUAGAAUCAUGAUUCCAAAAUCAAAACCAGCUCUAAUGUCAGGACAAUUUAGUGACUUGAACCCUAAAUUAGAACCUGAACCCUAAAUUAGACAACAAGAUCUAUAUAUUACUGUUUAACCUAGUGUCUCUACAUGUGGUCCAACUGUCAGGCUCGAAAUGUCCAGCCUUAAUGCAGUGAGCAUAGAUUUGAUAUCACCUGUAUUUGAUAAGGGCACAUAUUGCUAAACUAUCUUGAUCAGAGGGGCAGCCAUGUUGACAACAGUGGACUAUAGUUCAUCUGUAUCUGGUGCUGCUGCCAGGUUCAAAGUUGGCAGAAAGCAAGUCUGCGUGUUGUAUUGGAUUGGGGUCGGGGCAAAGGAUGAUUGAUUUUGACUUAAAUUAGAAAUAACAUGAUUUCAAUUGUUGAUUUUGAAGUUGAAAACUUUCAUCUUUUAUCAUGUCAAAUAAGUUGUCUCUAUUAGGAUAUCUAAAAGAAGAUAAAUAUAUUCAACAAGUUUCCCCAUUAUCUAUGUGUUUUAAGGUUAUUUGAUAAAAAUCAGAUUGUUUGCCAACAAGUUUGAGAUAUUUUUUAUUGUUGAGUUACUACAUAUAAUAGCAGCUUCGAUUUUGAUACAAAAUUAAGAAGAAUUUUGUUUAUGAAAGUCAUUACAUUGUAUCCCCGGAUACAUAAAUAUAAUUAGAUGGUAUGAUAACACUGAAAAAUAACCAGAUCUUAUGAUAAACAGUUUUUAAUAUCUAGAUAACUUUCAUAAGAUUAUUAUUUAUUAAUUUGUUAAUUUGAUAUAUGUUGCAAGCAAAAUUGAUAUUUCGUUAAUAAACAAAUAUAUUGUGACAUUUUAACUUUUUUGUACAUUAAUAUUAUCUUUGCUGCUUUUGUUUAUUAUCUUCGCUUUUUCAUGUAUUUAUUAUUUUCUUUUGCUGAACAGUACCAAACAGAUAUUCCUGUGUUGAACAUUUAUAAUUGUAGAGUUAAGUUGAUUCAUUUACUUUAUGUUUGCCAAUCAAGAUAAGAAAUAAUAUUUACAUGUAGGAUAGAUAAUUGUGAUGAGCUGAUGUUAAAAACUCCAAAAACACUGCUUGUUGCAGGCUGAAGUAUUUAUCUAUUUAUUUUGACAGCAGGUGUUCACUAUUUGUUUUGUUCGAAUUAACAAUGACAGAAAAAGUAAAGUAAGGGGUGUAGCGACAGUGUUUUAAAAAUAGAUAUAUGUAGGAAUAUGAAAUUGGCCUGUUCAUCAGUUUGUACAAUGAGCUGAUGGUAAUUGAAGAUUGCUCUAUUUUGUAUGAUUUUAACUACAAUGUAUAGCUCUAAUUUGUAUGAUUUCAACUACAAUUUAUGUAGGGCUCUACUUUUUACGAUUUCACCUGCAAUUUAUGGCCAUCUUUGUACAAUUUGAAAUACAGUGUAUAGCUCUACUUUGUACAAUUUGAACUACAAUGUAUAGCUCUACUUUGUACAAUUUGAACUACAGUGUAUAGCUCUACUUUGUACAAUUUGAACUACAGUGUAUAGCUCUACUUUGUACAAUUUGAACUACAGUGUAUAGGUCUUAUUUGUAUGAUUUCAACUACAAUUUAUGUAGGGUUCUACUUAGUACGAUUUCACCUGCAAUUUAUACGUCCAAUUUGUAUGAUUUCACCGUCAAUGUAUAGCUCUACUUUGUAUGAACGUCAAUUACAAUGUACAGCUAAUUUUUCACUGUAAGCUCUUUAAAUACAUAAACUGUUUAAGGAAUACAAAUAUAUCAGAAAACAUAGCAUAUAUUUGGAUUUGGAUUUAGUUCUACUUAUUAACUUUUAUCAUCAUUGCUUUUUAUGGUAAUGUCACUGAAAUAUAAACAUCAUGUGAUAAUGGUUUUGUUUGUUAUUCUAAAAAUGUUUGUCAAUAUGAUAAAAUUGUUGAA